GCGACUCUGGUCGCUUCAAGUGUGUGUGUGUGUGUGUGUGUGUGGAAGUAAAAUAGAAAGAAUAAAAGUGUCGAGUCCGAGCGAUCCCGCUGAUUCUGUGUGGACGUGAGCGGGACUUUGGCUGGACGCGAGGCGGACGGAGUCACGGCGGGUUUCCUGCACAACACUGGAUGUAGGAAAUGAGUCAUGUCAGCGUGGCGCGGCGCGUUCGUCAGAUGAACUUUCGGGACUCGUGUAGCCGACAGCGAGCAGCUCUCCACCCGCGGACAUGAUGGAUUCCCACGCUCUCACGGCGCUCUGUGGGCUCGUGCUCGCCGCGCUCAGCUGCUUCCACGCCGCGUGUGCGCAGAAAAGUCAGUGUAGCAUUUCAGAGUUCUGGAACUCUGAUUUCGACCUCUGUGUGCCAUGUGCCACGUGCAAGCAGUACCCAAAGACGCCAUCCUGCAACACAUGUAAAGCUGUGGACGAGACUCCUGACAUGUGGAAGCUGGCGGCCAUCACCAGCUCCACGGUUCUGGCAGUGGUGCUAGUGGGUGCGGCGUUGAUCAUCGGGGUCAUGGUCCACCGACGCAAGUCACACAAGCGGCCUCUACGUGAGCCUAUUGAAGAGACAGCGGGGCCCCUGUAUCAUGCCUGAACUGCCAAACUCAGCAGCCUCCCAAAGACCGAGGGACAGAACGGAAAAGCGGCUGGUUUCGGACCUAUAAAAGGAACCUCUGAACCUGUGACUCCUCUCUGACGAUGGGGUCUGUCACGACAGCAACCCGAGCAUUUAACUUAUUUGGAGAGAGUGCUCAGUUCUCAUGUACAGUCGACUCUGUAGGAACAGUUCUACUAACAGUAUCAUCCUCAAACCAUGUGUGCAUUAAUGCCAUUGCGGACCUCAGCAGUUUUACCGAUGUUUUAUGUUCACACGUGUCUCCGGGGAGACCUGUUUUGUCUGGUGUUGUCGUCCAGCAGGAUGUGAUGAAUGUGACGCAGCUGCCGCCUCCAACACAGAGUCCGACGUACUGUCCGGCACAUGACGGCCGCUUGAAUGUAGCUACUUUUGUUUUAGGUGAAUUCUCUUCUCUGUGAUCCUGUGACUGUUUCACGAUCAAGCCGGCCACUCCGGGUCAGGACUUCAGUGCCUUUGUGUUGUAGACUUUGGACUUAUCUCCAUGACAACCGGAUCUCUGCGUGUUAUCGUCCCUGUGCGAAAUAACUGGCUGAAGUCUCAGCUCUUGUCAGAAACACUAGAGGCACAAUCUGAAAGUGUGGGAAGGUUGUGAGGAAUGUUGGUGUGGUGGAGCAGCUGCACUGUUUUCAUCACUGACACGUCUCUCGCUGCCUUUGACUUCCAAGCUCAUCCCUUUCAUUAGUUUUUAUCUUUUUCUCAGUCAGUAGAGUUAAAGAAGACGUCUACAACGGCACUGGGCCGGUCAUGUGACAUGCAUUUCAAAAUGUCUUUUACCAACUGAGCUCAUUGAUUCACUAUUAGGAAUCAAAUAUGAAGGUUAAAUAUGCAAGUACCAUGAAAUAUACUCAUUUUUUAAUGUAGAAUUUGGCAUGCAUUCAUUUUAUAAGGCAGAAGAGAUGUAGUGACCGGUGGGUGAUGGACGCACGAUGUACGGCAACAGUGGCAUCUCUUAUAUUAGCAGCAGCCACAUUACUAAUGUCAACAUGGAAGGUUUUAGAAAGUAGGCAUCCAGUUUGACGUCUUCUGUAGUCAUCAAAGUACAGUUUACUGUGACUUUGAUAUGAGUGUUCCUCAACCAGAACAUGACGUUAGCGAAUCCCUUGUGUAGUGCUGCAUAUGAAUCUGAGGGUUUGAUCAGAUCACAACAUGCAGAGGUUUGGAUGGAGAUGUGACAGUAAUGAUGAGUGCGCGGGGGCAGGGAUGAGGUGAGAAAUACAUGGAGUUGUGUAGUUUUCUUCUGCAUUUGAUGGCUCAGAGUACGGGAGGCCUAGAUGGAGAAACCCGGCCAUUUCGAAAUGCUUAUCCAAGAUGACAGGGGCAGCAGUACAGUACACAGUGGUGUGUUCCUGUGUGGACUCUCACUUGGUGUGAAGAGCUUGGUCAUUCAGAAGAGGCUCAGCGAAGAACCGCUGCUCUUCCACAAUGACAGGUCAGUCGCACAGGUGCCUCCUGCUGAGAGGUUCUGAGCAAGCCAAGCGGGAACAAGGCCGCAUUGCAUCUAGAAUCUCAGCUUUGGCUCGGGAAUGUCUUCUAUGAUAGAACAGAUCAAGGUGCUAACAUCAAGACACAAAGCAAACUCAUAUCACCAACUGUCACCUUCACUUGUGAUCCACAGCUGGACUCAAAGGUCCUCAGAGUAAUCUUUGACUGACACAAACUACGUCAUUUUUGUUGUUUAUUUAUAUCAGCCGUCUUGCACCAGCAGCAAGACCCAAGCACAUUCUAAAGGGACUCCUUUGAAGAGCUGUUGAAGCUUCCUGCCAGCAAUGAUGAUGAUGAUGAUGAUGAUGAUACCGAGCAAUAACUAACUACUUUUGUUCUUUCCUUUCUUCUUCUUCCUCCUCUAACUGUACAUACUGUUCAUGCACUGGCUUCUUUUAACUUCCUUGUUAACACCUUUGUGUACCGAAAAAUGUAUUUUCACAAUAAAAUGGACGACCUUCUCCACGACACAUGUCUGAUCCUUCACACAACAAGCCGACACAGAUCAAGUUUCCAAACCUUUUAAUCCCUUUAAGUAACAUUCCGACACUCGAAACAAAGCAAAGAAUUAGAAACCUACUCCAGAGUGACAAAAUACUCUUGAGUUAAAUAGUUGUGGAAACGCAAUAACUUUGCAGCGUGUUAUUUUUUAAAUACACAGGCUAGCGGGCAAAUCUUGAAUAUACACAAAGUACAGCAUCUGUACAAGACCGGUUUUAAGUGCCAGAGGAAAUGUGAACUCAAACACAUUAUCAUUUAGCAGUUUUAGCUGCGUGCUACUGUGACAAGCAUGUUGCAAUAAAUCCCUUCGAUCGGUGACUGAAAUAUUCGUGACGGCGUGGUGAAGCUGCUCAGCCGACCAUGAGUCACUCUCGAGGUGCACCUUACCUUAUUGCUUUAACAAUUAGAAACUAUGAGAGUGAGAUCAGCUCAGUGGGACGAGUCUUAACUACUAAUGUGCAAAUUAAACCUGCAGCUUUUGGAUGUCGGCCUUAAUGCCCCACGGUUUUCAGGCGGCACACAGCUGAGCUCCAUGUGGCAAAGAGAAGCAUCGAGUGCUCAUGAGGUAUUUCAAAGA